GGUGUCUUAGACACAAGGAGCAGUUAAGCUCAGAACAGUGGUAUUUGUACGAAGAGGAGCCUAGGUUCUGCGAGGAGAUCUAACGAAUGGUGCGAUGAUUCGAAGAAGAAUAGUGCCUUCUGUGUUAAGAGUGUGCAUAGUCUUCCUGCUACUCUUCAGUAAUGUCAUCGCAGAUGCGACAAAGGACUCGGCAACAAGCGCGGUAUUCGAGAAGUCAGUAUCUGAGAAGAACAAAACUGUACUAAAUAAAGUACUGCCGAGAGACGAGGCGGAAUUCAGUUCGACGGAGAGGAAAACCGAAAACGUCGGUUCGUACAACUUGAGUAAAAGAGGUUUCGAAACAGCAGCGCUACACGAUGAGCUUAUCGAAGAUGCCAAAGAAGAGGACAAGGAGAAAGUGGCGAUGCCAAUCGACGAGGAAACCGAACCGCAAGAAAUCAGGUCGCAGGAGCAAGCUGACAGGUUAUCGACCGCUGAUUCGGCCAACGGAGGAUCUAAGCUGGAAGAGAUCGCUUACGGUACGUCUGGAAAGAGUUCCAGCACGAAAACAAUGUCCGAGGAUUUUUACAGACUGUCCAGAACGAAUGGUUUGACCACAGCAACCACGAAGCCAGCGUUAGAAGAGUCAAAGUUCGACGAAAAGAAGAAUAAAACGAUUCAUGUUCAACGAAUGGAGGAUACCGCGAGACUGGAAUCGGACAAAACCGCAAAAUCGUUGGAGGAUAGCGUGGAACUGAAAGAGAAACGCGGGUCCGAUGUAAAGCCAGAAGUCGAAGUUUCCUCCGAUAAAGGGAACCCGAACGCUAGCUUGAAAUUGGAAACGAGCAACGCUAAGAACGAUUCAACAGCGCAGAAAGUUCCAGAAGAGUUCGAGGAGAAGAGGGGAAAAAUGGAAAAUUUUAAUUCCACGAAGAACUCUGAAGUCCCGUACUUGAAAGAAGCGGAUGAGAAUAAGGGGAACGACAGGUCUAUCUCGUUAAUCAACGACACGUACGUAAAUUACAGUCACCGUUACAAAACCUCGACGGAGAGGGACCUCGGGGCUAGCUCGGUAAAUCAGUCAAGAACCAUCGAGAGCACCACCGACGUUACUUUCAACGAGAGCGCGGUGAGUAGUCACGAGUCACGGGAUCCCAAAGAGGAGGUGGAGGUUGUCGGGAAAGUGACUCAUCCCUCGAUUCAGCGAAUCAUCGAGAAACAAUCUGAAAAUUCGACGCUGAAGGGCGCGCAGCUUGUGAAAGAAGACGGUGAAAAAUCGAAGAACGAGAACGAGGUCUUGCUUCGCAAUUCCACGAAGGCUAGUGAAAUUAUCGAUGCGAUCGAACAGCAGGGAAGAACAAGCGAGGAGAAUAAACAAGAAGCAAUUCUACAGGUUACGACUGAAAGAACGGUUCGAGUGUCCUCGAGCCCCUUCCCGAGAGGAAGAACUAUCGCUUUCUCGGGAGUGAACGAAUUUCUGAACUUGGAAACGAAACCCACGACAGCCUCUAAACUCGAAGUUUCAUUCUCGCAGAAGAACCUCACCGACAAACUCGCAGAGCAGAAACCCUAUCCUUACGUGAAAUCUAGUGUCAAAGAGGAACUUGGUAAUACCAGUAACCAAGUCGAGUUUACUACGGAAGACGCCUCUGCGUUGGAAAACACAAUCGGUAAGGGGCAAUCGGAGGAAAAGUUUAUCGUCACAGAGGCGUCGGAUGUAUUAGAAAAUAGCAUUCAGCAGUUCAAACCGGCUUAUUACGAGAAAGUAAGCAACGAAUCAUCCACUGUUUCAAGCACGGAAGUUCGUCUGCCUGUUCCAAUGACAACCGCGUCCUUGCUAAUACAGGAGAAAUCCGGAUCGACAAAUUGGACAGAAUCGAGCGCUGCAAAGGAGAUUAUUGGUCCGAGUUCCACCGAGGAAAAGUCGACAAACGCAGGAAAUGACGUCUCCCGAUGGAGCGAAAACCGCAAGGCAAUUACUGGAAAAGGGAACUUCGAUGUUACUGGAAACGGAAUAACGGAAGUCAGUUUGAAGCCGGAAACCGACGAUAAACAGACUUACGCGGCUUCUUUCCAUGACACUGCGUAUUCGACAACGCCUACUUCUUUGACAACAGAGUCCAUAGAGCCACGGACGGACCACGGAGUACUUUCGAACGUCGACGUGCAAACGAACGCCGAAGGUUCUCUGUUGAUUCGUUCCACUCUGAACGCCACAGAACGUUCCACGGAGUACCCAUUGAUCAAAGAGAAUUUUUCCGACAGGGACAAGUCUACGGCCCUGCUCGCUUCUUCCUUAGGCACUACCACCGCGAAACUGACCGAAACCGCCACCGCGUUACCCACCACCAUUACCACCAUCGUCGAGGAAACUUCUGUAGAGAACGUGUCCGAAUUUCCCGGAGGCUCUGAUAGAAACGGAACCAGUGAAAUUGUUGGCGGUAUGGGUGCUACUUCCAGUCCGGAUGAAAGUUUCGUGCCUACCACAACCGGUAUCGAGUACGAGUUCAUUGGCCUUUCCGAAUCGGCCGUUCUACUUGAAACAGGUCGCAACUCUACGGAACCACCUUCUGAACUACCAACAACUGAUAGUUUGUCAACGAAAAACGCAUCAUACGAGAUCACCACAAUAAGCAGCGAGGUGGCAACGGAUAAUUCGUCGACGACCGAUGAAACGGAAGUGAUAAACGUCGAUGGCAAAGUAGCGAGUAUUCCAGUGACCGAUCAGACGGUCGUUCCUACGUCGAUUCCGAGCCCGACGACGCAGUUCAACGACGACGAAUUUACGAGUGAACCGAACGUUAUCGAGACGGAGCAAAUUUCAACUAUAGAUGACGAAAUUAGAAGGAUGGCGAACGUAUCGAAUUAUUGGACUACUACAAGCGAGGCAGAAGGUACAACAACGACGAGCCGAACGGAACAGACGCAUUCGUCGUAUUCCAAAGAUUCCCACUUCAUAUUAAACGUUACUGAAUCGUCUGCGGAAUUCACGUCGAUAUUGAACCCGAACGCAACAGAUGCCGCACCAGUCACUACUUCCAGCAUCGUUGUUCCAAGCAGUUUGCGACCAAAGCUCCCGAUUUCGAGUAGCACGAGCACUCCAACUGCUUCUGACGUGCUGACGAAAAAGACUGAUAACAAGGUAUCACCGGCACAGGAGGAGAUUACACCUCUAGUACGUAUUGACAUGGAAGGUAGCUGGAACGAUGUAUGCCUACAAAUGGACAAACUGAAGCAGACUCUUGCAGAUAUUUUAACAUCUGGGAUGAACAAGACGGUUUCUGUUACGCAAAUUAUGCUCCAACAAGAUCCAUGCAAGGAAUCUUUAAGGUCUACUCCAUCGCCAUCAGACGUGACGCUACCGUCGAUACUGGUUUACGUUGUCGACGAAAACGGAAAGUUCGACAGCACCAUGACUAAAUUUUUGCCCAGUUUGUACGAGGAUCUGCGUGAUCGCGUGAACUUUCCAGUUACAAUACACAGAUUUCUUCUGGUACAGGAAACAAUUCCGGACUCUGGAAACGCGAUAGCAGUCGUCGUGGUCUCAUCGAUCGCCUUCGUUUGUCUGGUCCUUUUGGCUGGCCUUCUGUUUAUAAUGAGAAAGAGGCAAACGCGGUUCAACUAUGGCGAACGAUGCCGUCCAGUGUCCUUGGAUGCCUACAGCCUCGACAGUGUUUCUGCUUACAACAGCGUCAGGCGCAAAGGUGUGGCGAGGUCUUCGAAAAGAAGCUACGGCAAUCCGACUUUCGAAGAUUCGAGUGCCAUACCAUCUCACCCGUUGAAUUUUGCUGGACUUUCAUCUUUCUAUAACGACGUUAACGCUAUCGACGAGGAAUUCUCCGGUAUUCCGCAAAUUUCGGCGAAGAUAGACGAGCUGCCCACUGGCGCGGAAAUAAAAAACAGAUACGCGAACGUGAUACCGCUCCCGGAGACGAGAGUAUCCCUUCAAAAAAUUAACAACGAUAUUCUUACGGAAUACAUCAACGCCAGUUACGUUAGAGGACUAAAGAAUGCCACAAAAUACUACAUAGCUUGUCAAGCACCGAUGGAGUCGACCGUCACUGACUUUUGGAGAAUGAUCUGGGAACAGCAGUGCAAAGUGGUCAUCAUGUUAACCGAUCUCGUUGAAAACGGAGUGGAAAAAUGUACCGAGUAUAUUCCGCCAUCGGAAAUCACCGACUGCCACCGGUUAUACGGUGACUUCCAAGUUACUCUGAAAAAGAGGGAAACCAAAGAAAAAUAUGCCAUUUCUACUCUUCACUUAAAAAAUUUGGAGAGCAACACGUUCAGAGAAGUGUAUCAUAUUUGGUAUUUGUGGCCGGUGAACGGCGUGCAAUCGGACGGAGCUGGUUUGAUAGCCGUGCUUCUCGAGGCGAGGGCACUUCAAAGGGGUGGUCCUGGGCCCAUUGUGGUGCAUUGUAGUCCCGGCACUGGACGCACGGGAACACUAAUAGCACUUGACUUAGGAAUUAGACAAUAUGAGAUUACGAGGACUGUGGACGUGCCAAGAGUCGUUUAUACUAUUAGACGGGAUCGUGCUGGGGCUGUUCAGACAAAAGAACAAUACGCUUUCAUUUACAAGGCAUUAAAUUUGUAUGCGACCAAACUUGCCGGCGGUGUAUUGGAAUCGACGUGAACUACACGAAAUUUUGAAGAAGCCUGUAUUCAUAAGCAAGUCUAAGUUAUAGAAACAAAACUACUGUAUCUGUGGGCGAUAAACAUCACUGAGAACGAUAGAUAACCGCGAGAGAUUAUAUAAAGUACGAGAUGUCAGUGUUACCUCAUUAGAAGGAUAAUGAUAACCGAAUGGAAGAAACUGACUUGUGAUACUUGGACCAUAACGACGAUCGUAUUUCGUUUUAAACUUUCGCUUAGUCCUCUCAAUGUCUGACAGUUUCACAAAGAAAAUGAAAAAUGUCUAUUACCAUCUGCUUGCCUGCCUCUUUUGAUCGUCACUUUAAUAUUUCUUGCUUAAGUUAUGUUCGCCACACAACAAAUAAAUUUCAUUAUUGUGAAGUUUAAAGUAUCGUUACAGGGUAAAGAUAAAUCUUUUUUUACUUCAAGCUUUGGGCAGAGCAUAGUGCUUUGUUUGAUGUUUUAAGAUGAAAUCUGCUUUAUCAGUAGUUCGAAGCAUGUCGCGACUAUGAUACUUUUAUGGUUAUUUAUAAAGUGCAUGGUACAUUCCAUUUCGAUCACGGAUUAGCUGUUUGACCUAUACAAUUUUAACAGUAUACAUAUCAGUGAAAGGGGUGAAUGAAAGAUACAAGAAAAGAAGAAAAGGUAGUCGAUAAUUUUUCAAUUCUAUUACAAAACUCAGAACUGACUGAACUCA